UUUUGGGCCUGUGAAUACAAUAUGCCCUAGUUCGAACCGCACGGAGAAGGGAUUUCUACGACCGCUUGCGCCGCUCUUGGUGGAACGUUUGGUUGCCGGGCGCCGCCAAUUCCUUCUCCUGACGAUGUCUUCUUCUCAGGGUCGACGCGGUUCGCUCCCGGGGGCCGGCCGCUCCGGUGAUGGCGUCCUGGCGAGGGUCUCGAGUUCCAUCUCCAACUCCCCCGUCGUCUACCGCGGCCGGCGCGCCGCCUCCGACGCGGCCACCGUCGCGAAGAAGCUCAUCUGGAGCACCGGCCGCGCCGCCUGGAUCGCCGGCACCACCUUCCUCGUCCUCGUUGUCCCCCUGAUCAUUGAAAUGGACCGUGAGCAGCAGAUGAACGAGCUCGAGAUGCAGCAGGCCAGCCUCCUCGGCGGGCCCCCGCCAUCCUCGGUGGUCGGCGCCGUCCCGUCCAAGUAGUGAGGUCAGCAGGUCUUUCUUCCGAUCUAGGGUUUGGGAAAGAAAUGGUUUUUGCGUCUUGGAUCUUAUUUUUAUCGAGCUUAUAGGGUUUUGCUAGGGUUUUGGUCUGGAACGCCACUUUUCUAACUCUAGACACUUUCUAGUGAUCGAAUUGUUUCUCAUUUUUGGGAUAUUUGCGUAUUAAAUUGUGAUCUUAGCUAUUGGUGGUCAUUUACUUGA